GCCUGCCUCUCUCUCUCUCUCCCCCCCCCCUCCCUCUCUCUCUCUCUCUCUCUCUUAACAUCCCUACUUCCAGAUCAUCCCAUCCUCAUGAGAAUCCGCAAGAGAUCGGCGUUUCUUUCCUUGCUAUCUUCUGAUCUCUCCCAGAUAAGUGAAGCAAACCAAGAGCACAAGAAUGAGGAGGAGGAGAAGGAAGGAGGGGAAGGAGCAGGAAGGGUGCAACACAAGACCCAACUCUCGGACCAGCGGGAGAUCAUGACCGCGCCUCCAUCACAUGUUGAACCUUCAAAAGGGGACCUGCCCACGAUUCCUCUACAAGGGUUCCAGCAGACACCCGCCGGAAAUGGCGGCCAAACGCCUGCUGGAGACGAUAGGGAGUUGGAGACCCACAGACAUCCCAACCAGAUAAAGGAUGAAGGAGAACAAGAAGAUGAAGAGAAAAACAUGAAUGAAGUUGGUGCAAAGGAAAUGAGAAGCAACCGUGGUGCAAGAGGAGAGCAUCCCUCUCGAGCAAGCAGAAGGUGGUGCACAGGAGAGACCGUCUUUCCUUUAAAGAAGAGAAAGGCUAUAGACUACAGAGACGGCAGUGAAGGCGACAACAGCAACGACAGUAAUAAUAAGAUUAGCAGUACCAAUAUUCAGAAUGGCAGUGAUCAUCACAGUGAGGCAGCGGAGAAUAAAUGGAAAUGUAGCCGUAUGAACGGUAGAGGGUGGAGAUGCAGCAAGCCGACGCUCGUUGGUUACUCUCUAUGCGAGCACCAUCUUGGCAAGGGAAGGAGAAUAAAAACCAUGAACACUCUCCUUCAUGGAAAGCAGGCGAGCAAGGAUAGGACGAGGAAGAAGGGACGAGGGAAGGGCAGUGAUGAUGCCAGUGCGGGCUCUCGAUCGAUGAACAGCCUGGUGAGCCAGAAGAUCUCUAGUGAUCACAGCGAUAGAAUCAAUGUGGAUAUUGUAAAGAACUGACCAUAUGUUCAAAGGAGUCCACUAAUUUUGCUUUCGAUCCUUCGCAUUGCUUCUCGUUUUGUAGAUUUUGAAAGAGAACCAAUGGUUUUCGUCGUGUGAUGUGAUCACAUGCUUUCAGGGGCACGUGAGUUCACGUUCUCAGCCUUGAGUGCUCUUUGUUUUAUUUGUUUC